AUGUGUCGUGGUGCAUCGUUGGCGCAUUUCAACGACUUAUUCGAGACACUUUGGAAGUUGUCUGCGGAUUCGGAUUUGAACGUACGAAGCGGUGCUGAAUUGCUGGAUCGUUUACUGAAGGACAUUGUGGUGGCAUCGUCGACAUUCGAUGUGGCACAGUUGAUGGUUCUGAUUCCAUUACAUUUGUGCAUUUUCAGGGCUGAAGAGAGUAAAAUUAUCUUGAAAAAGUAUUUUGUUGCGUUUAUAGGUAGUGAUUUAACGGUUAUUUUAUUGCAGUUGUCAACAAUGUUAACCGCACCACAGCUGUCAAUAAUGCCUUAUUUGCCGGAGGUGUUGGAUGGACUUUUUCAAAUGUUAAGUGAUCAGUUGGAUGGGGUGCGGGAUGUCACUGAAACUGUGCUUGGACAAUUCUUGGAACGAUUGCAGCAGUCGAAAGCUGACAAUGAGGUGAAUUUAUGUGAUAUGAUAAACGUUCUGAUAGUUCAUUCUGGACACGAAGCAACAGUGCUAACACGAAGAACUGCACUGGUGUGGUUGUUGUCAUUCGUCGAGCUGUGUUCCACAAGCCUGUUGCCUUAUUUAUCCGCCUAUCUGACCGCGAUACUGCCUUAUCUAGACGAUAGUGAACUGAAAGCGAACGAGAUCAAUCAACGUUUGAUGGCGUUAUUGCAACAGCAAGAGUCACUGGAAAUCAAGGUGGAUGCAGUGAUUGAUGUGCUUCUGAAACAUAUAAAACACGAGAAACGUGAGACGCGAAUGGCCGUCCUCAACUGGAUUAGACAUCUGCAUAAAACUGCACCAAAAAAGAUCUUCUCGUAUAUGGACAGUAUCUUCCCAAUACUUUUAUCGGUGUUGUUGGACACGUGUGAUGAUGUGUUGCUAUUAGAUCUACAAUUAUUGUCGGAUAUUUGUGAAGAGAAAACGAUGGGUGAUACAGGGGUGAUCGAUAUUGCAGAGCUGACCCUGAAUGAUACUUAUAAACAGCAGUUAUCGAAUAUAUCGCCAUAUUUGAUCAAAUUUGCGCUGAGUUUGUUGAAAAUGUUCCGCGAAGACACGUUGUUGAUGAACGAACGUGGAGUUUUAAUUAUUAGGCAGUUAUGCCUUCUACUGGAUCCGGCUCAUAUCUAUCGCUGUUUGUCGGUGUUGUUGAUGUGCGAAGAAGAGAACGUGGAGUUUGUUUCGCAAAUGGUCGCGAUGUUGAAUGGCAUUUUGUUGACGGCUACGGAACUGUUUGAGAUGCGCGAUCAGUUGAGGGCACUUCAGGAUGAGGAGUCGGUAAGUUUAUUUGAGUGUCUCUAUCGGAGUUGGGCAUAUCAGCCGAUCGCUCUUCUGGGAUUGUGCAUUCUAUCGCAGAAUUAUGAGCACGCCAGUGAGUUGGCCAAGUAUUUAUGGCGUAUUGAUGUGACACUUGAGGUGUUGGUCGAAAUCGAUCGUUUAGUGCAGCUGAUUGAAAGUCCAAUUUUGGCGUACGUUAGACUGGAUCUACUAAGCGCGCAACACCAACGUCCACUUGCUUCAGUGCUCUCGGCGCUCCUAAUGUUACUGCCUCAAACAGAUGGUUUCAAUACGUUGCACAAACGACUGCAGUGCAUACCGGCACUUACAUUACUUGAUGCCAAGCAGCCAUCGGCCUCACCCGAUAUGGCGCAGCAGUCAAAAGUGAAUUUCGAAGAAUUGUUGCAACAUUUCCAUCGAAUCACAGACCAACAACGCAAAUCGAUACGUGAUAAACAUCGACAAUUAUUGAUAUCGUCAGCAAUCGAAUAG